AUGUCCCUCCAGGUCAACGACCCACGGUCGCGCACCCGCUCCAAGUCCCCCGGCCGCUCCCGCGAACGCUCCCGAUCUCGCGACUCCCGCGCACCAGAUCUGCUGGAGCUUGAACCACCACGGUCAAGACAGCGCUCCCGCUCUCCAGCCGUCGAGAUCGCGCCCAAAUCAUAUAGGGAAUAUGAUCUGCCCCGCUCGCGCUCGCCGGUCGUUGAAAUUGCGCCGCGCUCGGCUAAGCCCAAGGCUAAGUCUUCACGGGAGUAUGACUCGGAUGAGGAGACGGAGAUUGAUCGGCAGUAUAAGCUGUUGAAGGAGGGGAGGUUGAGGGAGGAUGGGCUGGGGAAUAAUGUUGUUGCGAGGGUUCCGCGGAGUCAGGGGCGGUAUGAUGUUGAGAGGGAGGAGGAUGAGGAUGAUGCGAGGUAUGAGUUUUCGGAGGAGGAGGAGGAUUUGAGAGCGCGGAUGAGGGCGAGGGAGAGGGAUCUGAGGGAUUCGAGGGAUUCGAGGGAUCCGAGGAGUUCGAAGGAUUCUUUGAGAGACUCACGCGAUCCAAGAAGCUCUAAGGAUUCUUUGAGAGAGUCGCGGGACUCGCGGGACCCGAGGAGCUCCAAGGAUUCUUUAAGAGACUCGAGAGACUCACGCGAUCCAAGAAGCUCGAAAGACUCUUUGAGAGAUUCGAGAGACCCUCGUGAUCCGAGGAAUUCGAAGGAUUCCUUGAGAGAAUCGCGCGAGUAUGCGCCUCGGUCUCAUCAACGUCGGCCUUCGUCCCCGCCUAGUCGGGAUGGCAGGUUGGAUGAUUCGUCCGACGAUUCGGAUGAUGGACUGGCGUAUGGUGAUGCUCUGGGUAGUCAUCCGAGCUAUGCUCGCCCGGGCAAGUAUCAGUAUGCACAGCCUGGUGCACCGCGCCAGCCUGCCCGUCCAGAUCCCAAGUCGUCGGACUGGGAUCCCAUUCCUGAGUGUGAGCGUCCGGGCUUCGUGCCUCCUGCUUCGCACCCGUCGUCGCAAGCUGGAGUGUCCUCGACCAUGCCCGGUGGCUUCCCUACGGCCUCGACGUAUGCGGAUCUUCCCGCAACGACUGCGCCCUCGUUCCCAAUGCCGCAGUAUGCCGGGUUCCCUGCCCAGCAGCAGGUUCCAUACGCACACGCUUCUUCUGGUCCUUAUACACCAUCGCAUUACCGUACUGCCUCUGCUACUGAUGCUUCUCACCCACUUCCUGGACAGUAUGCGCAGCCGGUUCAGUAUCAGUAUGCGCAUGUCGAUCCCAAUGUUCGAUAUGCUUCCAAGGCGACUCCUGUUCAACCUUAUACUGCCUCGCCAGAUGACCAGUUUGCAAAGCCACACGAGCAGUUCAACAACAAGCCUCGUGACGCUCAGCCGGCUGCGUACCCGUACAGGUAUAGCACUGAACCACAGUUUGUAGACAAGCAGCCUGCACCACCACCACCACCGCAACAACAGCCCCAGCCCCAGCAUCAGCAUCAGCAACUACAGCCACAGUAUGGGCAUGGCCACGGUCAUCAACAACAGCCCCAGCAACUGGUGGAGAUUACCCCUGGCGGCGGACGAGGCCGGCCGCAUAGUCUGUCUGUGUCAUCUGCGAAUAAUCUUGCGGUUGCAGGCUCUCACAGUCUACACGCCGGUCACCCUCCGGCUAGUCCACUGCUGGAGGCCUAUCACGGUACCUACCAGUCCAUCUCGCCUAUGCCAUCUCCGAUUGUCAUGCCAGCGCGGGACGAUGACAUCUCGGACCUGGAGCCACUCGAUGGUGGUAACUCAGGCUCUGAAUUAUCACGCCGUAAGAAACACGUCCGCUCCAAAUCAUCAAUCAGCGAAAAGGAAACCCGCCACCGCAGCAGCAAAGAGAAGAUCAGGGAGAAAGAAAAGGACCGCGAUGAUCGCAAGGACGACAAGCGCCGCCUCCGUCACGACCGCCACGAUUCUACCACGUCGAUUGACCGUGACCGUGAGCGCGAUAACAUAGUCGUCAUCUCACCCACCACCGGCCGCAAGCGCGUCUCCUUCUACGACGCCGGCGCCGACGCAGUCGACAUGCAAAACGCCCUCAACCACCGCACAAUCGACAACAAGACCAUCAUCCAGGUCCUCCCGAGUUUAACGAGCGACGAAAUCCUCCUCCUACGCGCGGAAUACAAAAACCGCGUCAAAAUGCACGGCAAGGGCAUCAACCUCGCCAAACACCUCCGCCUGAAACUCGGCAACUCCUCCUUCGGCAAGGUCGCCUAUGCCACCGCCCUCGGCCGCUGGGAAUCAGAAGCCUACUGGGCAAACUGCUACUACCAAGCCGGAACAUCCCGGCGCGAACUCCUCAUCGAGUCCCUAAUCGGCCGGUCCAACGCCGCCAUCCGCGAAAUCAAGGCCUGUUUCCGGGAUACCCGGUACAACGAUAGUCUCGAGCGGUGUAUGCGGGCGGAACUCAAGGCUGAUAAGUUCCGGACGGCGGUGUUGUUGGCGCUUGAGGAGAGGAGGCAGGAUGAGAGGGAGCCGCUGGAUGAGAGGUUGAUUAGGCAGGAUGUUGGGGAUUUGCAUCGGGCGUUGGUUUCGAGGGAAGGUGGGGAGACGGCUAUGAUUAAUAUUAUUGUUUUGAGGAGUGAUGCGCAUCUCAGGGAGAUGUUGAGGGAGUAUGAGGCUGUUUAUCGGGUGAAUUUUGCGAGGGCGAUGAUUGCCAAGUCGAGGAAUUUGGUGGGUGAAACACUAGCCCACAUCCUAAACGGCGCAAUAAACCGCCCCAUGCGCGACGCCCUCCUCCUCCACCAAGCCGUCCGUGAAUCCCGUACCGGCCGUGAGCGCUCCGAGUUACUCAUUUCCCGGCUUGUGCGGUUGCAUUGGGAACCGCGGCACCUGGAGCUGGUCAAGAGUGAGUACCGGAGACGGUAUAAUGAGCGUGUGGAGGAGGCGAUUGCGGAGGAGGUUAUGAGUUCGAGUGGGAGUAGUGAGUGGGGGGAGUUUUGUAUUGAGUUGGCUCGGAGUUCGACUUGA